UGACAGCUGGUUUAAAAUAAUUGGCAACUUUGUGUCAUACCGGCUAAAUUUUUCUUGGUGCUUCCAGAAUAAAAAAAAGAAAACUCUAAAAAUGCGCAUUAAAACUUGUGAGUUCAAUGAAGAAAAGUGGGCAAUCACCUGCGUGUCUGACAACCCAGGAGACAUGACUUUCUAUAUUUUUGAUAUGAAUCUAAAUCGCACUUAUACGGAAACUAUAACCAAGAGCGAGUUCACAGAACGUCUCCGGAAACUGAAUAGUCGCAUCAAGUUCCCCGAGGCCGCGGUGCGCAAGGUUCUGCUUGACAGCGAAGGAGCCACAGUGAUGGAAUGCAAGGAUGGUGCCACCGCUGAUGAGCGUAUUCUGGUCAUGAGAUAUACCGUCAAGAAUGCACCGACUACCCUCAAGUGGGAAUGGCACGUGGGAGCCUGUUCCAAAGACAAGAUCUAUGAUUUCAUCCUUACGGAUAGCAUUAACACCAUGAAUGGUCUACGUGAUUUGUUGAACGAAACCACACAGUUGCUAAAAGCCAAGGACAAGGAACUGGCUCAAUACCAUGCCGAGGGCUUCUCCUUGCGUCGCACCACUGUGGUGACCAAACCAUUCCAGCACGAUGCCUUUAAGGAGCAGUACAAGCAACUGAUGGCCGAUGUGGAUGGUUAUAAUGAUUUUGCUGAUGAAUUCCAUAUGGUUAAGCCUAGUCCUUUGCCUAGUCCUGUGGUCUCGUCGCCUUCGUCAUCUAGUUCGUCAUCUAGUAGACGCGCUCAGAACGCCAUGAUCUUGUCGAAUACAUCGAGCCCUUCGGGUAGUAACUCUGCCUCAACUACGGACUCCUCUUCCGGUGCUCCCGCCAAGCUAACUCCCAGGCUUAGGAAGCGCAAGGCUCAGGAGAGCAACACCAACUAUAUGGAGCGCCGCGUAGUUGAGCGCCGGGUGCAGCAUACUUUUCAGAGUUCUCAAAGCUCUGAAGAGCAGGACGUAGAUGAUUACUUUCUUGCUAACGAGCGCAAGCUAGAUCCGGCUCCUGUUGUCGGCGAAAAGUCGAAGAGUAUUGGCGUUGGAUCCGAGGAUCCUUCCACAACUUCUCUCAUCAAGAAGGAAACCAUUAUGAAGGCAUCGGACACUGACAUGAAUGGGGAGACUGCAGUACCUGUUGUCGGCGAAAAGUCGAAGAGUAUUGGCGUUGGAUCCGAGGGUCCUUCCCCAUCUUCUCUAAUCAAGAAGGAAACCAUUAUGAAGGCAUCGGACACUGACAUGGAUGGGGAGACUACAGUACCUGUUGUCGACGAAAAGUCGAAGAAUAAUGGCGUUGGAUCGGAGGUUCCUUCCUCAUCUUUUCUCAUCAAGAAGGAGUCGGACACUGACAAGGAUAAGGAGACUCCGGCAGAACCAGCCUCUGGUAACGGUCAACACGAUAGUGAAGAGUUGGAAUUGGAGGAGCUUAAAGCCAUUUUUAAUGCUACUAAGGAAAUAAUUGGAAAGAAUACUUCAGCCGAAUAAGACCAGCACCAGUGCCAUUAUAUACAUAUAUUAUUAAAAUAUAUAUAUUUUUUUUUGUAUACUUGCCUCGAUGGCAAAGAUACCCAUGUGAUAAUAACAAAAGACCUAACAAAGAAUAUGAUAAUAAUAACGCAGUAAUAAUUAAUUCUAACAUUUUCCCACCGAUAUAAAUAAUAUAGUUUCAUAGUCGUCUUGUAAUCGCUUGUGAUUUCUGUCUAGAAUCUCAGGGAGGCUAUAUUUUAGACCAAAGAACUGUGAUGUUUGAAUUAAUAAGCAACUUAAUGACUAAAUGAAUAUAAUAUAAAUAUAAUAAAAGUAUACAAUACGUA